AUGGCAAACAAGUCCGCAACCCUAUCCGCUUCAAGGCCUGGUAUUGAUUGGACCACAAUGAAAGUCCCACUUUGCCUGGAUACAGAAGUACAAACUGGCAGCAUCAAUGCUGAGCCACAGAACCUGCCUGUUGAGUUUCAGAAAUUCCACAAGGUGUUUAGUGAAGAGUUCUUUACCACACUACCAAAACAUUGCCCAUAUGACAUUGCUAUUGACCUGGAAGAGGACAAACAGCCUCCCUAUGGCCCUAUCUAUUCUAUGAGCCCUGCAGAAAGUGAAGCACUCAAAGAACACAUGGACUCAGAACUUGCAGCUGGAAAGAUUGUGCUAACCACCUCACCAGUAGGAGAUCCAGUGAUGUUUGUAAAAAGGGCUGAUGGCAGGCUUUGCUUAGUGCAGGAUUAUUGCUGGUUGAAUGCCAUCACAAUCAAGGACAGAUAUGCACUACCAAGACAGGACAAACUAAUUGAGAAGCUGUGCCAUGCUAGGAUCUUCACAAAGCUAGAUUUGAGGAAUGGAUAUCACAACAUCAGAAUCAAAGAAGGAGAUGAAUGGAAGGCUGCAUUUUGCACUGCCCUUGGUCACUUUGCUCCCACAGUCAUGCAAUUUGGCCUUAGCAACGCCCCAGCUGUGUUUAUGCGCUUCAUGAACAACAUAUUCUGUGAUUUACUUGACAUCUCUGUGGUUGUGUAUUUGGAUGACAUCUUGAUCUUCUCAAACUCAAGAGAAGAGCAUGUGGAACAUGUCAAGGAAGUCUUAUCUUGCUUGCUGAAGCAUAAUCUAUUCUGCAACCCUGCCAAAUGCUACUUCUUUGUCACAGAAGUCACCUACAUUGGUCUUGUGAUUACUCCUGAUGGCAUCUCCAUGGAGAAAGACAAGGUGCAAGCAAUCAUGGACUGGCCUGAACCCCAUAAUGUGAAACAGAAGGAGCAACCAUGGAUCUGGCUAGAAGAACAGAAAGCAGCAUUUGAUGCCAUCAAGGCUGAGAUUUACAAGGAGCCUGUUCUAGCUCACCCUGAUGAAUCUAAACCUUACACCUUGGAAACAGACACCUCUGGAGCAGCCAUGGGUGCUGUACUAUCUCAGAGAAAGGAAGAUGGUUGUCUACAUCCUGUUGCAUUCAUGUCAGUCAGCUUUUCACCUGCUGAGCUGAACUAUGACAUGCAUGACAAGGAGCUACUUGCCAUCAUUUGUGCAUUUGAGCACUGGAGUAUCUUCCUGGAAGGAACUGAGCAGCCAAUCACUGUGUUUACUGACCACAAGAAUCUGGAGUACUGGAAAUCAGCUAGAACCUUCAACAGGCGUCAUGCGCACUGGCAUCUCAUGCUGGGGUCCUACAACUUUGUUAUUGCUUAUACACCUGGAAAACAGUUGCAGAAACCUGAUGCCCUGUCAAGACAACCUGAUCACAUGGACUUAGAACCAGCUCCACAAGUUAUGAUUCCAGAAUCUUAUUUUGAGGCAUUUUCAGCACACAUGGGCUCAUCCUUGCUGGAUCAAAUCAAGGAAGCUACUCAGGAAGACCCUAGUCUUGACACAAUCUUGCUAGCUGUAUCAGACCCUAAAUCCAUGCCCCACAGCAUUGCACAAAAGUUCAAGGACUAUACAAUUCAGAAGGGUCUACUUUUGUAUCAAGGAAGAAUAGUUGUGCCAGAUGAAUCUGAGAUUAAACAGCAGCUCUUAUCUCAUUUCCAUGAUUCCCCUGCUUCUGGUCACCAAGAAAGAGCACAAACUCUAGAGUUAAUCAGUUGUCACUACUACUGGCCAGCAAUGAAAUUCCAAGUCAAUGGCUAUGUGGAGUCCUGUGAAAUCUGCCAAAGAAGCAAGGGCCAUGUACACAACUAUGCUCUCAACCUGCUUUCUGUCCCUGCAGGUCCCUGGGAAGACAUCUCAUAUGAUUUCAUUGUCAAGUUCCCCAAGUGUAAGGGUUAUGACAGCAUCCUGGUGGUUGUAGAUUGCUUCUCAAAGAUGAUGCACCUGAUUCCCUGCAAAAAAACUGCUACUGCUGAGGAUGUAGCUCAGAUGUUCUUGGAGCAUAUUUGGAAGCUACAUGGGACUCCCAAGCGCACUGUGUCAGACAGAGGCACUACAUUCAACUCCAAGUUCCUCAAGGCACUCUACAAAUCUCUGCAAAUCACUCCUAGUUUUUCUACUGCUCAUCACCCACUGUCAGAGCCAACAACUACCACAAGGGACUGGUAUGCUCAGGCAAUACUCUUAAGUAAGCAAAGCAACAGGCAAUUGCCUUUUGAGAUUGUGUAUGGCCGUUCUCCUGUCAUUUCACCACUCCUGGAACCCACUGGAUUGCCUAUUGCUGAUGACAGAGCCAAGCAACUGGCUGAGACUAUUCAGGAAAUACAGGCAUCAAUCAAAUGGGCUCAGGAGUGCUACAAACAGGCAGACACAGGGAAACCACCUCCUGAGUUUCAACCAGGAGAUAAAGUUUGGCUUCUGGCUUCCAAUAUCACUUUGCAGUGCCCCAACAAAAAGCUAGACCAUAAGCAGUAUGGCCUCUUCCCUGUCAUAGAAAGAGUGGGCUCUCAUGCCUAUUGCCUGGCUCUCCCUGAGACCAUGAAGAUCCAUGAUGUGUUCCAUGUGCCGUCAACAAGCACUGCCUUGGAUACCCUUCAGCCCACUGCUCAACACCCUCUUACCUCUCCUAAUCACUCCAUCGACCUCAGCAACAGUACUAAUGCUGCCAGGUUGCCCGACUCAACAACUUUGUUGCCAAGAACCCAUCAAGACGCUCGCAAACGUGGUCUGAUGACCAAGUACUCCAAAGCUACCCCUUCCACUUCCUCAUCAGCUCAGCCCUGGUCGACAACGCCCCCUAGACCAAAGCACCAAUCGCGCUACUCAUCAGACAUGAAUGACAAUUGUAUACACUUAGAUGCUGCUCUUAGGAUGUACUUAGAUACAAAUAAUAAUCAUGCAAACAACACUGAGACUACGUCUAACUCAAGCCAACGCUCCCAACAGAGCUCUCAAUGCCGGAGCAUUAGUAACGAACGCUCCCAGCACGAGAACAACAGCCUCAUGGUCUUGGAUACGCACAACGUGGUAGUGGUUAACAAGGAUAUAUUUUGUCGAGCACAUGAUGGUAGCAUACAUACCUCUAAGGAACGGUACAGAGAGCGCGACGCACCUUUCGACCCAAGCCAUUGUUGCAAGGAAGCUGUCUCAUCGUCUACAUCAACUCAUGAGGCCCGCACGGCUACGGCGCAGCAUGAAUGUGUUGAAAACUAUAUGGACAACCGUCACAAACGUUCAUAUCAACAAUUAAGCUCUAAACAAUCAUUGCCAAAAGAUAUUUACUCACCGUCAACUGAGAGAACAUUGCCGUGCAUCCCACGCGACCCACCGUAUACUGCAGGUGACCCAUUGCACGCCCUAAGCAAUCCGCCGUGCAGCCUGAUCAACCACAACAGUGAGGAUCCAGUUGAUCCUUUGAAUCAUAGCAUCAGCUAUGAUACAAUGCGGGAUAACUACCUGGUCAACAACACGGACAACGGCUGCAAAGCCUCAGGCAGUCAACUAAGCUUUGAACCUGAUACAGAGUCUAAGUACUUACCCGCAACAGCAACGGUUAGCUCCCAAUGCUUGCCAGACCAAGCUAUAUCAUACAACCGCCGCUACAAAUCAGUUGCAGAGAGUUUGGAUUUAAGCAAGUACGCACCAACAGUUGCAGUACAGCUAGACAAAUGGCUGGUACAGCCUAGAACAUGGCAGCACAAGGAGACUACUAGCUCCUGA